GGCCUUGUUCACCUCUGCGCAAGGAUAGUUCAUUCGACUGAAGGGGCGGGUCAUGCGCGAGUUGCGCGAGCAUUGAUGCUGCUGCGGUGAGCUGGGGUAGUGGUGCCGGGAAGGAGGCAGUGGUCGUUGGCUGCGAUGGCGACCCAUGUGGAGGGGCUGACCGAUGAGGUGUACCUGCCUCCACCCCAUGUGGCAGAGGAGGCCCACUGCUCCUCCAUGCAGCAGUAUGACAAGCUCUACCAGCAGUCCAUUGAGGAGCCUGAGGCAUUCUGGAGCAGGAUUGCUGAGCAGUUCUAUUGGCAGGAGCAGCCAGCAGGCCCAUUUUGUGACUUCAAUUUUGACGCGUCUCGCGGCCGCAUCUUUAUCGAGUGGAUGAAGGGUGCCAAGACCAACAUGUGCUACAACUGUCUGGACCGCCACGUCGAGAAUGGACGAGGGGACCAGGUCGCCUUCUAUUGGGAAGGCAACGAGCCGGCCGACACGGCGCGCCUCACCUACAGUCAGCUGCUGACGCGCGUGCAGCGAUUCGGCGGCGUGUUGCAUCGGCUCGGCGUGCGCAGCGGCGAUCGUGUCGCCAUCUACAUGCCCAUGAUUCCGGAGCUGCUGGUGGCGAUGCUGGCCUGCGCGCGCAUCGGCGCCGUGCACUCGAUCGUGUUCGCCGGCUACUCGGCCGACGCGCUCGCCGACCGGAUCCUGGACGCCCGCUGUCGGAUCGCGCUCACCGCCGACGGCGUCUGGCGUGGUAACAAGCUGAUCAGGCUGAAGGAGAUCACCGACCGCGCACUGGAGCUGUGUACCGAGCGAGGACACCGCGUGGAGCGGGUGGUGGUGGUGCGCCACCUGCCGCGGCUCCAUCACCAGACGCCCAGCACUGCCGUGGGUGAUCAGAACAGCGCCCAGACCACGCCCCAGUACGACCCCCAGGCCGGCUGGGACGCCGACCGAGACGUCUGGUGGGAGGACGCCGUCAGCGACGCGCCAGAGCGCUGCGACGUCCAGUGGGUGGACGCCGAGCACCCACUCUUCAUGCUCUACACCAGCGGCUCCACGGGCAAGCCGAAGGGCGUGCUACACACGACUGCCGGCUACAUGCUGUACGUGGCCACCACCUUCAAGUACACGUUCGACUACCACCCAGAUGACGUGUACUGGUGCACGGCCGACAUCGGCUGGAUCACGGGACACUCCUACGUCACCUACGGCCCCAUGCUGAACGGAGCCACCUCCGUGAUGUUCGAGGGCACGCCCUUCUACCCGACGGGCGACCGCAUGUGGCAGAUCAUUGACAAGUACGCCGUCACCAAGUUCUACACGGCGCCGACCGCCAUCCGGGCCCUGAUGCGACUGGGCGACGACCUGGUGCUGCGCCACAGCCGCCAGAGUCUGAAGGUGCUUGGCUCGGUCGGCGAACCGAUCAACCCGGAGGCGUGGCUGUGGUACCACCGCGUGGUGGGCGGCGGCCGCUGCGCCGUCGUCGAUACCUUCUGGCAGACGGAGACGGGCGGUCACGUGCUGACGCCGCUACCGGGCGCCACGCCCACCAAGCCCGGCUCGGCGUGUCGGCCGUUCUUCGGCGUGCAGCCGGCGCUGCUGGACGAGAACGGCGUCGAAAUCGCCGGCGAGGGCGAGGGCUAUCUGGUGUUCCGCCGGCCCUGGCCCGGCAUCAUGCGCACCGUCUACGGCAACCACCAGCGCUUCGAGACCACCUACUUCAAGAAGUUCAACGGCUUCUACUGCACGGGCGACGGCGCGCGCCGCGACGCCGACGGCUACCUCUGGGUGACGGGCCGGAUAGACGACAUGCUGAACGUGUCCGGACACCUGAUCUCGACGGCGCAGAUCGAGUCGGCGCUGAUCGAGCACCCGGCCGUGGCGGAGACGGCCGUCGUGGCGGCGCCGCACAGCGUCAAAGGCGAGGGCGUCUAUUGCUUCGUUACCACCAAGGACGGCCGGCCGUGGACCGAGCAGCUGCAGAAGGAGCUCGUACUGAAAGUGCGGGAGCGUAUCGCGCCGUUCGCCGCGCCCGACUACCUGCAGUAUGCGCCCGGCCUGCCCAAGACACGCUCCGGCAAGAUCAUGCGCCGCGUGCUGCGCAAGAUCGCGCAGAACGACCGCGACCUGGGGGAUGUCAGCACCAUGGCCGACUCUUCGGUCAUCGACCUGCUCUUCCAGCACCGCUGCCAGCAUCUGAAGUAGGCCCGAACGGCGCGCAGCGCAGUGUCACCCGGCGGCGGCGUAGAUGGCGCUGCCGGCUGGUAUAGGUGGUGCCGCUAGCGUGUCCGCUACGGUGAUCCCUUGCGGGAGAUUUUGGACGGGAGACACUUGGCAAAUGGCGAGCGCGUUGGCUGGCUGGAACGUGUGGUUGAUGGCGACACUGUAGCUGCCUCGUCAACAGAGCUGUAAAACAGCUGAUAUGCGUUGUGGUGUAUGUGAUAGCGUUGCACUCUCCCCACCUUUUAUGGCUGCGGAGGUUAUUGACGUCAGAUGGCGUAGGUAUGCACUUCCACCCGGCCUGAAAGGGGCAACACCCUGAAGUUUGUCUAGGUUCCCCAGGUAUAUGUGUUUUUGUCACCAGCGGCUGGAGCAUGGUGCGUGCCGUUGGCAUAAUACUUAGUGUGACUUGUGUGAUGUGCUGAGGGGUCGCGGAACUCGAGAAGGUGACGGCAUUUAUCUACGUGCAAUAGCUGUUGCGUACAAAGUGUCAGGUUAUUUUAAGUCAGGCCAUGUUAAGUUACCUUUCUGUAAAGAAAACCGUUCGAGGGCCGUUGUCGCCAUUUUAUGUCCACUUGUGAAACACCGUAGCGCAGCGUUUGUCUGCAUGACAAGCUAGUGACGAGCUGUGGUCUGUGGAUGGGAAAGUGCUUUUAGUCGUGCUCGCUUUGGUCUUAAGUAUAUAGGGAGUUAUAAGUCGAUGUGCGCUGCUGCUUUGAAGUCGCGUUACGGACAGAAAAUCUGGAGCAAUGCCAAGCCGUGCCAGUGCGUGUCACACUAAGGCUCCGUUGGUGUGUUCUAUUUCCAACAAUCAAUGGCAACAUUCCAUUCAUUCCUCGGUGGUCCUCUUGCUGUAAGUUCCCAGAUACCCUCCUCCGGCACAGCUGGUGACGCGCACGUGCCGUGGCACCCAUGGGCACCUGUGGGCUGUUGACUGCGGGCUGUGGCCAAGCGCCGACAGAAACGACUACAUAUCAUGAAGUGCCGUAAUUUCCCUGACGACUGCUGUCGUCUGGUGUCGGCGGGCCGGCAGCGUUUUACUCUGCCUCGUAACUGCUGGUGUCGCCGUUUCUCUCGCCGUCUCCGUUUGUGGGCGUGCCGCGGUCAUGUGCCGGCGGCCGGGCCGGGGCGGGCGUGCUGAUCCAGGAGCCCUGCGGCGGCCCCCUGGGGAGCCGACCGGUGCGUGCGGCCCUGCGGCGACGCGGUGUGGGUCGGCCGCUGCACGCUCUGGGGCGUCUCACCAUGACCACCCUUGUCCCCAUCAGCUGCUGGCUGGAUUGGUCCCCGAUCCUAAGCAGCACCCCCGCGCCCACCCCGCCGCUGCCGUGCAGGCCUGGUUUUCGUCGGGACCGGGAGCCC